AUGACGGCCACAACCUUGCUCUUCCUGUCACUGGGCUAUAUUCCGAAGCCAAACGAUCAAGCCCGGUACUUUCUCGGCAUUCCCGAAGAAGCUGGAAUGCCAAAGUAUAUGACGUAUCCCAGCGAUGACAGUACGGAGAGCGGCAAUUAUUCCGUGGUGUGGAAAUUCAAGGAAGGCGAGGAAAUUCUCGACUUGGACCCUAAUGAAAGCGUCAUGACAGAGCUGGGCAUUAACCGUCCUCGCAUUUAUGAAUUUAUGGAGGUUCGAGCACAGCAAAAUGAGACCAGGCUUUCAGUCACUCAUUGUCAUCUCGGCUUGCGCAAUUCGAACAUCAAAGUCUGGAUGAAUCGAACAGAACUUGCCUCUGUGUUUCUCGCUAUUCUGCAGCUAGACGGAAGCGCCCAGUCGUUUCUCUACAAACGCGAUCCCCGUCUCUUGGAUAAAGCCAGCGGCCCGAACAGCGAGAGCAGCUCAGUGGCAUUUUCCUUUGACUUCCCGGCGGUGUUGGGCCAUGAACUUGACGGCCUGAGGGAUUUUCAAGCCGAGGGCAACGCAGAUGGAUUACCACUCAAACUCUCAUACCCAGAAGUUAUCGCAGCAUGCCUACGUGGAUAUAUCAAAGUCGCAAUGUGGAUCAUGGCUAUUCCUUCUCAGGACUUAUUCGCUUUCUACGCCCAGCUAGAUACUGUAGUGCACAUUGCCGCUCGGAUCCCCGUUGCGCCAAUGAGUGCUGAUCAAGACCAAGAAGUUCAAUGGCCUCCUGCUCUGAAUUCUCCUACCGAGGUCAAUGUGGAAUCUCCGUAG